CUGGUAAUAAUAAUGAUUUGCUGAAAAUCAACCCCCAAAGAUCCUUGUGAAGCAAGCAUUCAAGAAAUCAUUCACUUUUAAUAGGCUAGUGGGUGGAACAACUCCUACAGGGUUGAACUAAGUUUGCCUGCAAUACGACCAUUUUGCCCCAUCAAAACCUAAUCCGCCAACCUCAAACAACUAUCCCUCUCCUCUAAUCUUCCUAUAAGAAGCCUCUCCUUUCUCUGUCUCUCACUCACAUUCUCUCCCUCAAGCAACUUAUCACUCACACAAGAGGUUAGCUCUUGCUAAUUAGCUACAGAUGAAGACUUUCAAGAACUUUUCCAUAAUUUUCGUUGGCCUUUUCCUACUUAGUUGUUCUGCAUUAUUGUCCUUAGCAAAUGCAGAAGUUCAACAACAUCAAUUUGUCAUCCAAGCAACACCAGUGAAGAGGCUGUGCAACACUCACAACACCAUCACUGUUAAUGGCAUGUUUCCCGGGCCUACCCUGGAGGUCAGAAAUGGAGACACCCUUGAAGUUAAAGUUGUCAACAAAGCCAUAUAUAAUGUCACCAUUCACUGGCAUGGUGUUCGGCAAAUGAGAACCGGAUGGGCUGAUGGACCAGAAUUCGUGACCCAGUGCCCAAUUAGACCAGGAGGAAGUUACACCUACAGGUUCACAAUUCAAGGACAAGAAGGAACAUUGUGGUGGCAUGCUCACAGUUCAUGGCUUAGAGCCACUGUUUAUGGAGCUCUGAUCAUCCGACCGAGAGAAGGAGAAACUUAUCCUUUCCCUCAGCCAAAGCGUGAAACACCAAUUAUACUCGGUGAAUGGUGGGAUGCAAACCCCAUCGAUGUCGUGAGGGAAGCAACAAGGACAGGGGCAACUCCAAAUAUCUCUGAUGCAUACACUAUCAAUGGUCAACCUGGUGACUUAUACAAAUGCUCCAGCAAUGACACUACAAUAGUUCCCAUAGACUCUGGCGAGACCAACCUCCUGAGAGUUAUCAAUGCCGCCCUGAACCAACCGCUUUUCUUCACAGUGGCCAACCAUAAGCUCACUGUUGUUGGUGCUGAUGCCUCUUAUACCAAACCAUUCACUACUUCGGUCCUCAUGCUAGGUCCUGGCCAAACCACUGAUGUUCUGAUCAGAGGUGACCAGCCACCGGCUAGAUACUACAUGGCAGCCCGUGCCUACCAAAGCGCCCAAAACGCACCCUUCGACAACACUACCACCACAGCCAUUCUUGAAUACAAGUCUGCCCCUUGCCCUGCCAAAAAAUGCAAUGCAUCCAAACCAAUUAUGCCUUCUCUGCCAGCCUACAAUGAUACCAACACUGUUACAGCCUUCAGCCAAAGCUUCAGAAGUCCCCGAAAAGUCGAAGUCCCAACUGAUAUUGACGAAAGCCUCUUCUUCACAGUUGGUCUAGGACUCAACAACUGCCCAUCAAAUUUUCCUAAAAGUCGUUGUCAAGGACCAAACGGUACACGUUUCACUGCCAGCAUUAACAAUGUCUCAUUCGUGCUCCCACAAAACUUCUCUCUGUUACAAGCUCACCAGCAGGGCAUUCCAGGAGUAUUCACCACGGAUUUUCCAGGAAACCCUCCAGUGAUAUUUGAUUAUACUGGAAAUGUGAGCCGGUCUCUCUUCCAACCUAUUACAGGAACUAAACUGUACAAGUUGAAGUUCGGUUCAAGGGUACAAGUUGUGAUUCAAGACACAAGUAUUGUCACACCUGAGAACCACCCAAUUCAUCUUCACGGAUACGAUUUCUACAUCAUUGCAGAAGGUUUUGGAAACUUCAAUCUUAAACAAGAUACUUCUAAGUUCAAUCUUAUCGAUCCACCUCUCAGGAACACAGUUGCAGUGCCUGUUAAUGGUUGGGCAGUCAUUAGAUUCGUUGCUGAUAAUCCAGGUGUAUGGUUAAUGCACUGUCACUUGGAUGUUCACAUCACUUGGGGUUUGGCCAUGGCUUUCAUGGUUGAGAACGGAGCUGGAGAAUUACAGACUCUCCAAGCACCACCGCCAGAUUUGCCUAUAUGUUAGGAUUCAGCACCAGAAACACUACAAUUAUUGAAAUUCAUAAGCUCAAUAAGAUAGGUUAAUUACCUUCUUUCUUCUUAUUAAUUAUAUUAUUAUAUUUCUUGUCAUUUUCUAAGCAUACAGAUUCAGGGUUAUUUUCCCUGCAAUGGGCGACUAGUUCAUUCCUCUGUUUCAUUGUUUCCUUUGGAUAGAUAAAGCGAGUGCUACAGGAGAUGGUGCUGUGUUUGAAACUUUGAGUGCCAUCUGAUUUAGCUUUGAAACCCGCCAUGUUUCUUGAUUCUAGUUGUAUUCUUUUCCCUACAGCUUAUUGAAUUAUGCCUUUGCUUGUUUCUUUUUCAUAAUGUUGUUAG